AGCCCCCCUGCCCUAAUUAUUCUUUUAACUCAAAAUAUAAACCCCCCUUACAUCUAUCUCUAUCCCCUCCAAUCCAACCCUCUCCCUCUCUCCUUCCCUCCCGGCUCCUUUUUAGGGUUUUAUUCGUGCAUUAGAUCAUGUUAAGAUUUUCUUUUUUUUAAUUCUAGUUUGAGUUGAGUUUGUUUGUGGGUUUGGUUAGUAUUUUUAGGUGGAGUUGUUCAUGCUCUUCUUCUUCUUCAUAAUCUCUCAUAUGGGUUUGUGUGAAAACCUGUGGGUUGGUGAUCAAGUUUGAGGUCGGUUAAAUUUACUGAGUCUUUUGGGGAGUAAUUGUGAGCUUGAAAAGGUUUUGCUUCUAAAGAGUCUUGGUGUAGCCAAAGCUUUUUUCCAUCAUCUUUUCAGUCAAAUUUAGUAGCUUUAAAGUUUUUUCUUCUUUUAUAUUUUUUCUUAGUUUUUUGUGUCUUCAGUUUGUUCUUGGUCAGUUUUUAGUACUGUAAUUCUUGUACUUCAACUGAGGAAGAAGAAGAAGAAGAAGUUUUUUUUUUCUCAGUUCUCUGAAAAUGGCUCCAUGUGAAAGGACAAGAGCAAGAACAAGAUCAUCAUCAGCAGCAGCAGCAGCACCAAAGGCAAGAAGAACCACUCAAAAUAAGAAGAAGAAGCAGAAGGAGGAGAAGAAGAAGAAGGAAGUUCAAAAAGCUUCAUCAUCAUCUACCAUUACAACUUCAUCAGAUGAUUUUUCAAAGAACAAUAAUAAUAAUACUAAUAUUAGUGAUCAUCAUCACCUUGAUUCUUCAAGUUCACCAAGUGGGUGUUCAACACCAAAAGCUGAGAGAUACAGAAUACCAGAGAUUAUGACAUGCCCACCAGCUCCAAAGAAGCAAAGAGUUGUCUCAAAUUGCUCAUCACUGCAGAGAACUCCCAUUGCCUUCUUCGCCCCUCCCGAUUUAGAGCUCUUCUUCUUCUUUGCUCUUCGUGACAUCUCAGUCUGAUAAAUUAUAUGCCUGAAUAUGACAUGAUAUCAAUAUAUUUUCUUCAAUUUCAUAGUUGAAGUAUAGUGUGGAACUUGAGAUUAUAUUUUUGAGGUAGGUUUCUUUCUCCUUUUCUUUUAAUUAAUAAUUAGGGUAUAUUAAUUAUCAUCACUAUUUUUAGGGGGGUUUUUUUUAUAGUUUUUUUAUGGAUGUAUUGAUAACUUUGGAGAGUUUGAAGAGUCCAAAAUUAGUGUAAUUUUUUUUUUUUUUUUCUUAUUACCAGGGUAUUCUGGUUAGUUUGCGUACACCUCAACUAAUUACUCGAGGCUUGGAACUGCCGGCUAAAUUAGUGUAAUUUGAUUAAGGGUGGAUUUUGAGGUUUGUUUGAGUGUGAUUUUAAUUUUAUUUUGAAGAAGUUUGUAAGUCAA